ACAACAUUAUACUCGAUUUUUGCUGUUGAGUUCUCUUUUAAUAUAGAAGGCUUUUUUUGCAUCGACUGCACAAUUACGUCACUGCGUCAGCGCCAGUGAGUGUUUGCGUCGGGACGGGGGCACGGAACUGCUGUAGGGUCGACGAAUAAUUGGAGAUGAAGGAGAGAAAUGGAAAUGAAACGGCGGUUUUAGGAUUGUAGCGCUGACUUUGCGGCAGUAGGAUUAUUUGUAGCCUCGCCUUAAAGUGAAUGUUAUAUGAGGACCCGCGGAGGAAGUGCUUUUAUCGCAGUUAGGUUGGGGGGUUGGGGAGGGCUGUAGCUGCUGGGGUUUUUUUUGGAGAGGGAAAACAACAUGGCUGCUGUGGAGCUCGAAUGGAUCCCAGAAACACUGUACAACACCGCUAUCUCGGCUGUGGUGGACAACUACAGCCGAUCAAGAAGGGACAUACGCUCUCUCCCAGAAAAUAUACAGUUCGACGUCUACUACAAGCUUUAUCAGCAGGGCAGGCUCUGCCAGCUGGGAGGAGAGUUCUGUGAGCUGGAGGUGUUUGCUAAAGUACUGCGGGCUUCAGACAAAAGACACCUCUUACACCACUGCUUUCAGGCCCUUAUGGACCAUGGUGUGAAAGUGGCCUCAGUUCUGGCAAACUCCUUCAGCCGCCGCUGCUCCUACAUCGCAGAGUCUGAUGCCCAUGUCAAAGAGAAGGCCAUCCAAUUUGGCUUUGUGCUAGGUGGCUUUUUGUCUGAUGCGGGCUGGUAUGGAGAUGCAGAGAAAGUGUUUCUGUCGUGCCUGCAGCUGUGCACGCUCCACAGUGAGGUCCUCCAUUGCUUCCGGGCUGUGGAAUGCUGUGUCAGGCUGCUUCAUGUACGUAAUGGCAACUGUAAGUACCACCUGGGGGAGGAGACGUUCAAGCUUGCUCAGUCUUACAUGGACAAACUAGCCAAACAUGGCCACCAGGCCAACAAGGCGGCGCUGUAUGGCGAGCUUUGUGCCUUGCUCUUCGCCAAAAGCCACUAUGAUGAGGCAUACAGGUGGUGUAUAGAAGCUAUGAAGGAAAUUACUCCAGGGCUGCCUGUCAAAGUAGUGGUUGAUGUCCUCCGACAAGCCUCCAAGGCCUGUGUGGUGAAGAGAGAGUUCAGAAAAGCAGAGCAGCUGAUCAAACAUGCAGUGUUUCUAGCAAGAGAACAUUUUGGACACAAGCAUCCCAAAUACUCUGACACGCUGCUAGAUUAUGGAUUUUACUUAUUAAAUGUAGACAAUAUAUGCCAAUCAGUUGCAAUUUACCAGACAGCACUGGAUAUCCGACAGUCUGUGUUUGGGGGGAAGAAUAUCCAUGUUGCCACAGCCCAUGAAGACCUGGCCUACUCCUCAUAUGUGCACCAGUACAGCUCUGGGAAAUUUGACAACGCUCUAUUCCAUGCAGAACGUGCCAUAGACAUCAUAACUCACAUUCUGCCUGAGGACCAUCUGCUGUUGGCCUCCUCCAAGAGAGUCAAAGCUCUCAUACUGGAGGAAAUUGCCAUUGACUGCCACAAUAAGGAGACAGAGGAGCGCCUCCUGCAGGAAGCUCAUGACCUUCACCUCUCCUCAUUGCAGCUGGCCAAGAAGGCCUUUGGAGAGUUUAAUGUCCAGACAGCCAAACACUACGGAAACCUAGGACGACUCUACCAGUCCAUGAGGAAGUUCAAGGAGGCAGAGGAGAUGCAUAUCAAAGCCAUCCAGAUCAAGGAGCAGCUUCUGGGCCACGAGGACUAUGAGGUGGCACUGUCUGUGGGUCACCUGGCAUCUCUCUACAAUUACGACAUGAACCAGUAUGAAGAUGCAGAGAGGCUCUACCUGCGCUCCAUUGCUAUAGGUAAGAAGCUGUUUGGAGAGGGUUACAGCGGGCUGGAGUACGACUACAGAGGCCUGAUCAAACUCUACAACUCGGUGGGAAACUACGAGAAGGUGUUUGAGUACCACAACGUACUGUCCAACUGGAACCGGCUGAGGGACAGGCAGUUUGCCGUGGCAGAUGCCUUGGAGGACGUCAACACUACACCCCAGCAGACCCAGGAAGUGGUGCAAGCUUUCUUAUUGGCUCAGAGUCUGGGCCCCACACGUCCCUGUUUAGGCUGAUUUUAUGAGGGAAGAGAGGAAAUAAAGACAUGUGGGUUUCAGCCUGGUGACAACACAGAAUAAGCGCAAAUGUGAUGCUUCAGUUGAACACAGUUAAUUAGUAAUACACAUUAAAUUCAAGCAUCACCGGCACAUCAGUGGGCUUUAUAGUCACUGCAGCUGCUAGUACACACACAGACAUACAAACACAUUUAGUUGUGGAAUAAAUAAAGUAGAGAAGACAAACCUCAUCGACACCCACACAAACCACCAAGAUGCAACUCCAGGCUGGAUGCAGCUUCACCCCACAGAGCAGACUGUUGCAUUUCUCCAAGAGAAGGAAGACACACAACUGAGGGGGGGAAUUAAAACUAAAAAAAAAGAAAAACCUCAAACAUCCUUUAAGGAUGACAAAUGACCUCUCGUCUUCGCUUGUCUCGCUCGCCUUUUUCUUUUCAGUUUGGAAUCAUGGAGGACAUUUUUGCUUUUGUAUUUGAACCAGUGUAGCCCUGAAUGCCAUGAGACUCAUUGCAGAUCCAAACCAUGUUCUCCAGGGCUAUGUACAUGACAGUAUCUGGACCCCACACACAUCUGUGAAAUAGGUGUCUCAACCCACAUCCAUCGACAUCAUCACUUGGAGGAACAGAGGUGGAAAAUGUCAGAUAUUUUGACACUUGUACAGUGAAAUGAUACUGCAGAUUGUACACUUAAGUUUCAGUUGAAGGCAUCUUGUUUUUUUUCUUUGCAAAGAACUGAAAGUGGACCCUAAGAAAACUGCUUUUUGCUUGGUGGAGAGCGAUUACAAACAGUGGAAUGUGUUGAACCAGUGGGUAUGUUGUUAUACACAGGCUUCACAGGUCUUGUUUUUCAAUUUAUUUGAUCUUUUUCCAGCUUAGUACUGACCUAGAAUAAUUAAAAUGCCAAUAAUUUAUAUGCAGAAGUGUAUGUUAUGUAGCCCUUUGUUUAUGCUUUUCUUACUGAGUGAGCCCUGGAUUUUAAUGAAAAGAAACUGCUGGACACACUACAACUUUAAAGGGACAUGGAUUGGAGUGAGGAGAGGAAGAUGCUACAUGUACAGUGGCUCACAAGCCUCCCUUUAGUUAAUCUUUUAAGGUGUGUGUGCGUGUGUAUGUGUGCGUGUGUGCGUGCGCAUGCGUGUGUGUCAGCUUUCACAGAUAGAUCUCUGGGCGCCCAAGUGCUCCACUGAUGAUUACCAGCCUUACACCAGCUUGCAGUUAUCUGUCUGUAGACGGACCCAUACUAUUAAGUGCUAAAGAACUAUUAUACCCUUAAGGGCACUACAAUGGGGACCAAUAUUGUAUAUUUGUGUGAGUGUGUGUGCAUGUGUUUUCAGCCUGUAUACCUGUGCAUCUGGCCCUUCCUCUUCACUCCUUCCUGUCAGAUAGUCCAUUAAAGCAGAGUAUCAGAUACUUUUCCCCCCCCCACUGAGCCUUCUUUUUCCAUCAGCCUCCAUCCUACUGACCGUUUCUGUCCGAAAUCCCAUCAGUCACUAUAUAGAGCUUAACGCUUUGGUUGGUCUGUCGUCUAAAUGAACCAAAUGGGAAGAAUAACCCUGAAAGCAACUAGUUACAUGUCUGUUUAAAUAUUCAAUGCCAUGAUGUUCACUACAUUAUAGCUUGUGUCAGUGAAACAGAUCUUAAGCCAAGUAUUUUCCAGAAGUCUGAUGCUUCAUUGAGAGCUUCUGGGGCCUGUUCCAUACAGUGCACUAAGAAAAGUGGGGAUAGAAGUCCAACACAUGACCUAAAUGAAACUAAAAAGUCAGUUGGGGCUGAAGCAAUUUCAUUAAAUUCGAUCCAUGUUAACACACACAGACUAAUUCUACUCAGCUCCAGGUAGUUAAGACUGGGUGCUUUUCAUGGGUCAAAAACAGAUCAAACCAAUCCAUCAAAGAACUAGUAGUUGGAGGUAUCGUUUAUGUUGGGAAGCAUAUAAAGAAAUUAAACAUCUAAUUGUGAAAAAGGGAAUACAGGUGCCAUAGAUAAAAAGAGAAGAGAGAAAAGGCUGGCAUGGAAACACUGAUCAAUUGAAUGUGUGAGUUGAAAGUAAAACACAUCAGCACUCACAAUGUUCUACUAAUGGAAUUCCUUUUUUAUUGUUUCUCUGUCAUGUGCUUUGGAACUUAAUUUCUUCCACAUAUUUCAAUGUACAAAUUGGACAUUAUGGCUAUAACUUUUCUUAGAAAUAACUUUCACUCUGUCACUAUAAAAUUUUCUCUAUUUAAAUGCAUGGAUGGAAUGUUAAAACAUCCCAUAUUUUUA